AUUUUUACAAAGCUUAACUGUAUAAAUAAAGUUUUUAACAAAAAACCUGAUCAAAACUUUAUGCGCAUGCGCCAAAUAAAUCAAGCGUCUUGGUCGGACGUAAACACUUUGAAACUCUUUUUACACAUAUAGAUUAUGACUGAGUUUCGUAUUCACACGAGAGCAUUAGGGGUUAUUUAAUUUCAAACUAUAAAAAUAUUUUAACUAAACAUUUAGAGAAAUAAAGGCGCAAAAAGAUGAUUAAAAGAUAAAAAUAAACACGGACUGAAAGCAAAUAAAUUACAAUAAAUCCAUAAAGUCUAGAUGAUCGUUUCUAGAGUUUAGGUCAGAUUAUUGCGGGCAGGAUUCAACCUGGAAGUGGUUCUCUGCCGUCAGCAGCAGCGACGGAUGCCGCGGCGGGUCAAACACGAGGGAGUGCGCAGGUGCGGAGCGGCUGUAACCGCGGCGCAGGUCCUCACCCGGUUCCCCGGCUGUCACAUUUGGCCGCUCGCGCGCCUUCUCCACGCACGUGCCCGCUGACACCAUGCAGAGAUUUGGGGGCUGGAGUCGCUGUUGGCGGCUGCUGAGAUCCAGCUGUCAGGGGGCAGCGAGCCCCCCCUGCAGAAGUUACAGCGCUCUCCCUCCCCAGGGCUGCGGCUCCUUCGGCCUUCUCUUCGACAUCGACGGGGUGUUGGUCCGCGGCGGGACGCCCAUCCCUGCAGCGAAACGCGUCUUCAGGAAGCUGGUGGACCGCAGAGGGAGGUACAAGGUUCCGGUGGUGUUCGUCACCAACGCGGGGAACUGCAUGCGGGACACCAAAGCGGAACAUCUGUCCCAGCUGCUGGAGGUGGAGGUGUCUCCAGACCAGGUGGUGUUGUCCCACAGUCCUUUGAGAGUCUUCUCCAAGUUCCACCAGAAGCACGUUCUGGUCUCGGGUCAGGGUCCGGUUGAGGACGUGGCACACAACUUGGGGUUUGAGGAUGUGGUUACCAUGGAUACGCUCAGAGAGGCCUACCCGGUCCUGGAUAUGGUGGACCAGAGCAGACGACCCAAGGACUCUGUGAGUGGGACUGAACCCCUCUGGUCUCGGCUCAGACGGUUCCAUGUUGGGUUCAUUGUGAACGUUGUGUUUCAGGUUCCUCCCACUAGAGGUUUACGACCAAUAGAAGCCGUUGUUUUGUUCGGAGAGCCGGUCCGAUGGGAGACCAAUCUCCAGCUUAUUGUUGACGUUCUGCUAACAAACGGAGACCCGGACAGACCCUGGAGUACGGCCCGGCAGCCCCACAUCCCGGUUCUGGCCUGCAACAUGGACCUGCUGUGGAUGGCGGAGGCGAAGAACCCGAGGUUUGGUCACGGCAUGUUCCUGGUGUGCCUGGAGAAUCUGUACCAGAAGGUCACGGGCCGCCAGCUGCAGUACGAAGCGUUGAUCGGUAAACCCAGCGUGGUGACCUACAACUACGCCGAGCUUCUGAUCCGACAGCAGGCCGAGAAGCUCGGGUGGAGUGGACCGGUGAAGAGGCUGUACGCCAUAGGCGAUAACCUCAUGUCAGAUGUUUACGGCGCCAACCUCUACAACCAGUACCUCCAGGCCCGUCGUCAGAGGCGGGCUGACGGAGGAGGUCCAGCAGGAGCCGCGAACGUGUCCCCGGCAGAACUGGGUGGAGCUGCUGACGUGAACGGGUCGGAGGCGGAGCUCCCAGAGGCCUGCAGCUCCAUCCUGGUGUGCACAGGAGUGUACAGCAGAGACCAGCAGGAGGCGCGGCCCGGCACCGAGCGCCACGUCUACCACGGCCACCGGGACUUCCGCUUCGACCCGGGCCUGACGCAGCCGUCCUUCCUGGUCCACGACGUGAAGGAGGCGCUGGAGCUGGUGUUCCAGCAGGAGGGGCGGCCCCUGGAGUAGCCAGCACCUCACAGAACCUCUGAUGUUUGCCAGAGCAGAGCGUCCAUCACUGCGACCUCAGCCAGAAUGUGCGGUUUAAGCACUGAAACACAGGAAUCAGUGAUGAAGUGCAGAUGUCGGAUGAAGAGCUUUUGUUUCUUUAAGGCAGACGUUUUAAUUCAGUUCUUCCUAAAAACGGCCAGAAUGAUCCAGAGAGGCUCAGAAGUUUCCCUGCGUUGGUCACAGAGGAGAACGUCUGACAUCGUCCUCAAAUAUUCUGUUGACAUCAUUCGAACAGCAGGAGGGAUUUUAUUCUGAAGGGAAGAGGAGCUGAACGCAGCUUCAGUUUCCUCAGCAACAGUCAGGAAUGUUUUCUAAAUAAAAGCACUUCAACUUUUCAAAAUAAAAGCUUCAAUGCUAAAAACUCAAACGAGCAUCAGAGGCCCGUUUUUCACCCCAACACUUUGCCCCCUCCUUCAGCUCGCUCUGCAGCCACACUUUUUGUGCGUGGGGGCGCUGGCGUGGAGGGGGCGGGUGCUGCCCCUUAGGGGCGCCGGGCUCUGCGAGGCCUCCUCCGCCACGCUGGGGCCGUUACGGGCCAUGAGCUCCCGGGCCAUCAGGACGAAGGCGGCCUCCACGUUCUGAGCCUCCAUGGCGGACGUUUCCAGAGCCGCCAGCACGCCGUUGUGUUCUGCCAGCGUGCACGCGUCCUCAAACAGCACCUGUCGCUGCAGGUGGAGGUCCGACUUGUUGCCUGCAGCAGAGCAGAAACGUGGAGCACAAUGAGUCAGCACGAUGCCAAAGACAUCCUUCUGUUUGUGUAUGUGCACAUGUACACGCGUGUGCACAUUCAUGCAAAAACUAAUUAAAACCAAUCAAAAGAAAAAGAGCCCUGAUGAAGAAUUUCUCAGAUAAACGUUUCAUAUUUUUCUAGAUCUUUGAUAUUUUUUAUAAAAUAAUGUAGUGCACAAACAGAGAUAUGCCUUAAAUCUUAAAAUCCGUUCUUCACUGCGAUUUUGUCUCAGUUUCCUUGUUUUCAUCUCUUCUCAGAGCUUCUGUUCGGGUUUUUCUUCCGUUUGAAUGAUUUUCUCUAAAACGUGCCGACAGAAAUAUGUUUUUUGGUGAGGAUCUGCUGGUCGUACGGCUCAGCCGAUGGGUCCUGGAGUGACGGCCGGCUCUGUUUUUACUGACUUCUCUCAUUCUAUCUUAUGUAUAUUUUUAAUACAUUUCUGAAAUGUUCUGUCAUUUGUCAAAUCAAUUAAAGUGAGAACCCUAAAGUCAAGAAGGUGGAAGGACUUUUCUGCUCAUCAAGCUUCCAUCCGCCUCUGCACAGAAACAGAAUCUAAUUCAUUUACAUCAUUUUUGUUUCAUUUAUAGUUUUACUAAAUACUUUUAAACGUACUCAGAAUAUCUGUGAUUGCAGCCCUUUCAAAAUAAAAGAAUAUUUUGCAUGCAGC